GUUUUAUAUUUUCAUUGUUCGUGUUUAUUACUUCAAAAGCUUCAAAAGCGGAGGCAAAAGCAAUCUGUGUUGUUGACGAACAUUAGUUCUAUUCUAGUGGGAUUAGUUGGAACAUCGACCGUCAACCAUGUCGUACAUGCUCCAGCAUCUUCACAAUGGAUAUCAAGUGGAUCAAGGUAUUGUGACGGAGGAGGAUCGUGUCGUUGUUAUCCGGUUUGGCCAUGACUGGGACCCUACAUGCAUGGCCAUGGACGAGACGUUGUACAGAGUUGCAGAGAAGGUAAAGAAUUAUGCUGCCAUCUACUUAGUGGACAUAACGGAGGUUCCAGAUUUCAACAAGAUGUACGAGUUGUAUGAUCCAUGUACGUUGAUGUUCUUCUAUCGAAACAAGCAUAUCAUGAUUGAUCUGGGGACAGGAAAUAACAAUAAGAUCAACUGGGCAAUCAAGGACAGCCAGGAGAUGAUAGAUAUCGUAGAAACCGUCUACCGAGGUGCACGGAAAGGACGCGGUCUGGUCGUAUCACCAAAGGACUACUCAACUAAAUAUCGUUAUUGAGGCCAGCACAGCUCUCCUGUCAUGCUGAAAAGAAGAAGAAGAAGAAGAAAACAUUUGCACAUAAUUAUAUAUUUCCUUCUGGACAGAAUUGCUCUGACCAGACAUCAAAAAAUUCUUGAGAUCAGUUUUAAACAUAGGGUACUCGCUUCGAAGAUCUGCCAUCAGCAGUUAUUGGCUGGUUAAUUGACUAGUGGUGGAGAGUCUUGUUUUAUAGUGUGUUCGCUUCAUAUCUUUCAUGUUCGCUUCAUGUUGGCAUAAAAUAAUACAGUGCGCACAACAUUAUACCGUCUUGUUAAAAGUCAGCAUGACAUUGUCGUUCCUCUCACUCUUUUUGUUUAUGUUGUAGACGAAAUCCUUUGUACUUCUCACCCUUUGGUUUGAAGUUAUAGUUCGUAUCUUAAUGAAUACCAUUUGCUUUUUGAGUUCUA